UUAUUGCUGUGGGGAGGGGAGGUGGAAAUGUGCAAUGCAGUCAGGAACUGGCCCAAGCCCAUUGCAGAGACGGGUCCUCUGAGGCCCCAGCAGGGUCUUUCUCUGCAGGACCCAGAGGUGCCAGCAUUCACCUUCUUCCGGAGGCUUUUUACAUUUACUUUUUGAAUAAAAAUUUGCACACAUUCAAAGGCUACAAAAGGUGUACAGUAAAGUCUCCCCAUCCUGUCCCCAACUUCCCCUUCCGGGUAUUCCCCAUGUCUUGUGUCUCCCGAGCUGCUCUGUGCGGAUACCCGUCCGGAUCUAUGACCACGCCAUGAUAUCUUUUUAUGUAAGAGAGAGUAUUGUCCGUGGUGCUUUGCCCCUGCUUUACCACUGGCAAAUCACUCUUGGAGACAUUCCAUGUAUAGUGUCCUCUGCUCCUAAUGGCGACACAGGGUUUCCUUGCGUGGCUGUUCCAGCUUUUCUUCACCCCUACUUCUGACAGACUCUUGGGUUGUCUGACACACCAUGUUACAAGGAAUAUCCUCAUCCCCGCGUCGUUGCACACACUUGUGAACGUCGCUGAGGGGUAAAUUCCUAGAAGUGGGAUCGCUGGGUUCUAAGGGCGUGUGUACUUUUCAUUUUGACAGCCGUUGCAAAAUUGGUCUCUGUAAAGUUGUACCAGUUUACUUGGCAUUUCCCCGACACCUCGCCAACAUAGUGUGCAAUCCAUAUUUUGAUCGAUGCCAAUUGGAUGGAACCGUGCCCUCUCGUACUUCUGUUUUGCAUUUCUCUGCUUAUACGUCAGGUUGGGCAUCUUUUCACAGGCUUAGGAGCUGUUGGAUUUCCUUGUGUCUGGGAACGGGCUAACCAGCCUCUUUGCCCAACAGGAGCCGAGGCAGGAGGCAGAAGUGGAGCGUGUCCUGCUAAGUGGGCCUGUACCUAAAGCUCAGUGCAGAGUGUGACGUGGCAGUCGGGCAAGAUCUCAGGAGGUCCCCAGGGUUGGCCUCUGUCCAGAGAGCUUGGGGAGGACCUGGGACCCAAGGCUGGAGCCUGUCUUCCUGGGCCUCAUGCUGCCCAUCUGUGCAGUAGUUGGAAUGGCCUGAGAGACUGCUGGGUGAGGGAUGGUCUGGGUUUGGAUUAUAGCCAGCAGUGUCUCUGCUGUGGCCUUAUCUCCUCUCUCAGCCCAGCCCCCUGUUGGAUUCUGGAAUUCUGGAAACCCAUAUGCAUGUCCUACAGAAACCAGGCCGGGAGGAUGGGGUGAGCUGUGUGGACCCCCUGCCUGGGUGGCAUUAGGCAGAUUUUCCUGCCCUUGGCCUCAGCGUCCUCGUCAGUAUAGCAGAGAUGCGAUCCUGAGAUCCCCUAUAGGCCUCGUGGGAUGUGAAACUGACUCGGUCUGUCCCAGAUCUGAGUGAGGGUGGGGAUUACCCACAGGGACUUGGAAGCUCAAGGUCUUUCAGGCCUCACGCUAGUUUUCAUGCCCAUUGCCCCUGCUGGGCAGUAUUAGCCCCCCAGGAAUAGCACCAGGCUGCCGCGGCUGGACCCCGUCACCCCUCAUACCUGGAGCUCCCUGAGGCAGGGCUGGGGCUGCCCCAUAGUGCAGUCCAAGCACACAGGGGUCCAGCAAACCCUUCACCUCUAGUGCUGGGUAGACCAGGUGGGCCCCUCUACAGACCUGGGGAGUGCUUCCUGAGGCCUCUCAGUGGCUCCCUGCAGAGUGGAGCCAGGCUGUCCACCCUAGGUGGACCCUGGAGACAUGGCAGAGCCCGCCCAGCCCGGGCCUCUCCCAGCCAGCUGCAGCAGCUUGGGCCCUGACCCUGCAAGUGAUGGUUUAAUUGCUCUGUAAAUUUACCUUUGAGGAAGACCUUGGUGGGUGCGCCUGCCUCUCCCAGCUGGAGCUGACACUUAGAAGCUGAAAUACCAGUUUCUAGUGUUGUGAGGAGGAAGGAAUUGAGGGGGCACUAGGGGAGCCAGUGGCGUGUGGAGUUGGGAGUAGCCCAGGGGCAUCCCUGAGCCUGCACCCACUCCAUUCCCCCCUUCCUGGCACUAGCACACGGGGCAACUGAGUCAACAGUUACUGUGAGGCUGUGUGUGGACCCAGGGCUGACUCACCCCUCCUGGCCGUGAAGGUGCUCCCUUCCCAUCCCACAAAUGACUGUGUGAAGGUCAUGGGUGGAGAGAAGGAGCUCCCGACGGAGGAAGGGAAGUCCCUGUGGGAGCUGGUGCUGGAGCAGUUUGAAGACCUCCUGGUGCGCAUCCUGCUGCUGGCCGCCCUGGUCUCCUUCGUCCUGGCCUGGUUCGAGGAAGGUGAGGAGACCACGACAGCCUUCGUGGAGCCUCUGGUCAUCAUGCUGAUCCUCGUGGCCAAUGCGAUCGUGGGCGUAUGGCAGGAACGCAAUGCUGAGAGUGCCAUUGAGGCCCUAAAGGAAUACGAGCCUGAGAUGGGCAAGGUGAUCCGCUCAGACCGCAAGGGUGUGCAGAGGAUCCGUGCCCGGGACAUUGUCCCCGGAGAUAUCGUGGAAGUGGCAGUCGGGGACAAAGUGCCUGCUGACCUCCGCCUCAUUGAGAUCAAGUCCACCACGCUGCGAGUGGACCAGUCCAUCCUGACAGGUGAAUCUGUGUCGGUGACCAAGCACACAGAUGCCAUCUCAGACGCGAGAGCUGUGAACCAGGACAAGAAGAACAUGCUGUUUUCUGGCACCAACAUUGCGUCAGGCAAGGCGGUGGGCGUAGCUGUGGCCACAGGCCUGCACACGGAGCUGGGCAAGAUCCGGAGCCAGAUGGCGGCGGUGGAGCCGGAGCGGACACCGCUGCAGCGUAAGCUGGAUGAGUUCGGGCGGCAGCUGUCCCGUGCCAUCUCUGUGAUCUGCGUGGCUGUGUGGGUCAUCAACAUCGGCCAUUUUGCCGACCCAGUCCACGGCGGCUCCUGGCUCCGUGGUGCCGUCUACUACUUCAAGAUUGCUGUGGCCUUGGCUGUGGCCGCCAUCCCUGAGGGCCUCCCGGCUGUCAUCACUACAUGCCUGGCACUGGGCACCCGGCGCAUGGCACGCAAGAAUGCCAUCGUGCGGAGCUUGCCCUCUGUGGAGACCUUGGGCUGCACCUCAGUCAUCUGCUCUGACAAGACCGGCACACUCACCACCAACCAGAUGUCCGUCUGCCGGAUGUUCGUGGUGGCCGAGGCCGAGGCUGGCUCCUGCCGUUUGCACGAAUUCACCAUCUCGGGUACCACCUACACCCCGGAGGGCGAAGUGCGGCAGGGAGAAAAGCCUGUGCGCUGUGGAGAGUUUGACAGUUUGGUGGAGCUGGCGACCAUCUGUGCGCUGUGCAAUGACUCGGCGCUGGACUACAACGAGGCCAAGGGCAUAUAUGAGAAAGUGGGAGAGGCUACGGAGACAGCUUUGACUUGCCUGGUGGAGAAGAUGAACGUGUUUGACACCGACCUCCAGGCCCUGUCCCGAGUGGAGCGAGCCGGUGCCUGCAACACAGUCAUCAAACAGCUGAUGCGGAAGGAGUUCACCCUUGAGUUCUCCCGAGACCGGAAGUCCAUGUCAGUGUACUGCACGCCCAUCCGCCCUGGCUCAGCAGCCCAGGGCAGCAAGAUGUUUGUGAAGGGGGCUCCUGAAAGUGUGAUCGAGCGCUGCAUCUCAGUCCGCGUGGGAAGCCGCACAGUACCUCUGAACACUGCCUCCAGGGCGCAGAUCCUGGCAAAAAUCCGGGAUUGGGGCUCAGGCUCGGACACACUACGCUGCCUGGCGCUGGCCACCCGGGAUAUGCCCCCGAGGAAGGAGGACAUGCAGCUGGAUGACUGCAGCAAGUUUGCCCAGUAUGAGACGGACCUGACCUUCGUGGGCUGUGUGGGCAUGCUGGACCCACCAAGGCCUGAGGUGGCUGCUUGUAUUGCCCGCUGCUGCCAGGCGGGCAUCCGCGUGGUCAUGAUCACAGGGGACAACAAAGGCACGGCCGUGGCCAUCUGCCGCCGGCUUGGCAUCUUCGGGGACACGGAGGACGUGGUGGGCAGGGCAUACACAGGUCGUGAGUUUGAUGACCUCAGCCCUGAGCAGCAGCGCCAUGCCUGCCAGACGGCUCGCUGCUUUGCCCGUGUGGAGCCUGCGCACAAGUCCCGCAUCGUGGAGUACCUACAGUCCUUUAAUGAGGUCACCGCCAUGACUGGUGACGGGGUGAACGAUGCCCCAGCCCUGAAGAAAGCAGAGAUUGGCAUCGCCAUGGGCUCAGGCACAGCCGUGGCCAAGUCAGCAGCGGAGAUGGUGCUGUCAGAUGACAACUUUGCCUCCAUCGUGUCUGCGGUGGAGGAGGGCCGAGCUAUCUACAGCAACAUGAAGCAAUUCAUCCGCUACCUCAUCUCCUCCAACGUCGGCGAGGUCGUCUGCAUCUUCCUCACGGCAAUUCUGGGCCUGCCCGAAGCCCUGAUCCCUGUGCAGCUGCUCUGGGUGAACCUGGUGACGGAUGGCUUACCUGCCACGGCCCUGGGCUUUAACCCACCAGACCUGGACAUCAUGGAGAAGCCACCCCGGAACCCCCAUGAGGCCCUCAUCAGUGGCUGGCUCUUCUUCCGCUAUCUGGCUAUUGGCGUGUACGUGGGCCUGGCCACAGUGGCUGCUGCCACCUGGUGGUUCCUGUAUGAUGCAGAGGGACCUCACGUCACUUUCUACCAGCUGAGGAACUUCCUGAAGUGUUCCAAGGAAAACCCACUCUUUGCCGACGAGGUGGACUGCAAGGUCUUCGAGUCCCGCUUCCCAACCACCAUGGCCUUGUCCGUGCUGGUGACCAUUGAGAUGUGCAACGCCCUCAACAGCGUCUCGGAGAACCAGUCGCUGUUGCGGAUGCCACCCUGGCUGAACCCCUGGCUGCUGGCAGCCGUGGCCAUGUCCAUGGCCCUGCACUUCCUCAUCCUGCUUGUGCCACCCCUUCCCCUCAUUUUCCAGGUAACCCCACUGAGUGGGCGCCAGUGGGUGGUGGUUCUCCAGAUAUCCCUGCCUGUCAUCCUGCUCGAUGAGGCCCUCAAGUACCUGUCCCGAAACCACAUGGAUGGCAUUCUCAGGACAGUCUCCCAGGCAUGGAAUGGGCAGCUGCUGACCGCUUCCUGGACCCCAGACCACACUGGAAGAAAAGGGCCAGAAGUGAGUGCCAGGAGGAGAGUGGAGUCUCCGAUGCUGACAUCAGACUGAUGGUGCCCAAGCACUCACUGCCACACCCCACCCCUGCCCACCGCCACGCUCGCUCACUCGCUCCUCAGGCCCAGCCGGACACUCCACAGGCCCAGUCCUGGGGUCUCACCUGUGAACCACUUCAUCUGACGUGGGGCCUCUGUAAUUCAUGACUCUUGGACUCUCCUGGGUUCCCACAGAAGCUGCAGCGUGGGACAGGGCUACCAGGAAGCUGGAGCCAGCAGCGGAGCCAGGGCCCCUCCAUCCUGAACCCCGAGAUAUUCUGGAGCCUGCCCCCUGGCUUGGAAUCUGGGCAUUUACUUGGUGACCAGUGCCUCCACACUAAUAGAGGACUACUGAGGCCACUCUGGCCGGCUCUGACCUUUCCCUUAUUGCCUGGACCAGGGCCUGGUCAUCAGGGUGGGGGAGGGGUGCCGCAAGGGGAGCAUGUGGGCCCAGCUGUGCAUGGCAGUGGGGGACGCCCCCUCCACUCUGCUCUGCCUCCAUGAAGUCGGCUCAUGAGGACUUGAGCCUGUUUCUGUUUAUAUAUGUACAGGCCUCAGGGGGUCAGAGAGGGGACACAAGAGGGGGGUCAGGGGCUGAUGCAAGGAUCCUCCUUCCCCAGGAGAAAAAACAACCCAGGCUGCCUGCCUCAGCUCGUCUAACAUCCUGGGUGCAGGUAUUCCCUGUCCUAAGCAAAUGAGACCUACCAAGUCUCAGUGUUGCUUGGUCUGCCAAGCAGAAGUCCGAUUGGCUGCCUAUGUCCUUGGCCCCAGAGGUCCCAGACAUCCCUGGGGCCUUGACCACUGUGCCCUUCCAUGUCCCAGCCUGGUGUGUGGCUCAGUGAUUCUGAGUCUCACAUGUACUUAUAGCUCACACCAAUGUAUUGCCCCUCUGGGGGUGGCCAAGGUCUUUGGCCAAAUCCCCCCUUGGACUUCUGGCCUCAUCCUUAGCCCCCCACACCCCAUGGCCCAGAAGGGUGACAUGAAGGAUCGCUAAUUGCCCAAGUCACUCCCUCUCCCUCCCUCCUUGCUGGAGGGACACGCUCCAUGUGGAUCAUGUCAGAUGGUAGGAAAACAGCGUUUGGAGGAAAGAAUGUCUGUCUUCACUCAGCUUUUGCCCUUUUGGCAAAAACUAAGUCGCUUUGAGUCCAGUAGGUUUGGGUUUUUUUUUUUUUUUUUUUGGUUUAGUUAGGCAUAGAAGAAAGGAAGGAGUAAAUGAGUGCUAUGUCCACACCCCUUCUAGAGAGUAGACAAGUGAUUAUUUUAUAUGAAAAUCAACACUCACGUCCCUGCUCUGGUGUCCAGAAUCGAAACCCCCUCAGCCUGCUUUGCAGACUCCCUCGGGGUAGGUGCUGGAGGGGGCCAAGUUGGGGAAGGGGCCUUCUGGUGCCCAGCAGAGAUCCUUGGCCUCUUCCCUGCUGAGGAGAUAGGGGGUCUUGGUGGGGACAGGGCCCUGUACCCACCUGCUGACAUGCUGUUUGGUAGAGAAAUAAAGUUCGUAUGCCUGGGCAGCAGAGGACGUCAGCAUCUCUUUUCCUGGAGUCUGGUGCCCCUAUCUCUGCCCCUGGUGUCUACCUGGGGAGCUACCUCCUGUACCCACCCCACCCCCGGAAAUGGCAAAUAAAGACCUGGGUCCCCAAAUCACCAGGAAUGGUUCUU